AUGAAGGUAGUCGAGCAAAACUCUGAUCGCGAAGCCUCAGCGCACGUCUAUAUCGAAGGCAAGCUCGUUGAACUGAAGGAGUACGGGCAGUACGUUGCCCCCAACAAUGGCAAAGCAAUAGGCUGCUACAUCCCCAUCGAUGAGGGCGAAAAACUUAGAAUCCGGACCUGGUUCUCAGGAACAACUUUGGCUAUCACACAUGACGUACUCAUAGACGGCACACUCCGCAAGACGUACCCCUAUAUGGGCAAAGCAGUCAGCAAACAGAAACAGAAGAAGCUGGAGUUUGGAAAAUUUCUGUAUGCGACCGACAAAGGCGUUUUAGAUACGGUCAUCACUGCUAGCCAACUGCAGGGUAUUGAAUCAACUCAAAGCGACGCUCCAGAGAGUAUUGGAACGAUCGAACUACAGCUCCAUAUUAUCCGACAAUUAGAUGAUUACCAUACUAUUGAGGGUAUCUGCACCUACAAUGACGACACCAAGGAAAAGGACAAAGCUGCAGUCAACUACAAGCUCAUCGCUCCAAGCUUACGAAUGAUUCCCGAGAAGAAUUGCCGUGUGCUACAACCGCAGGAAGCCCAGCGCGAGCAGCGCAGGCUCCAUUCGAGGCGCCCAGGGACUGAGCCAUGGGCCAUAUUCCGCUUCCACUAUCGCACCCGUGAGGAGAUUGAACAGCAAAAGCUCCAGUUGACCUUUGAUCCGGCCGAUAAAGCCGAUAUCAAAGCCCAUACCCUGGUACUCGACACCCUCCCCCCGCUCAUGCUUGGCGGAAAGCCCCAGAAGACCGAUGUAGUCAUACCAUCACAAACAAACUCGCCAAUGAUUCCUGCUACACCUCAUCCGGUCAAGAGCGCUCAAACAAAACCUAAUGUGCCUUCCAAACGACCUACAUCGCCCACAAAUGAGGCCAACCCCGAUCCGAAACGGACGAAGAUGGCUACAGAGGCUCAUUCUGUAGCUCCUAAAACAUACUCAGUGGAGCAUCAGCUGUCAGAACUGCAGAAAAAGCUUGACAAGGUCAAAGAAAUGCGCGACAGCCAGGCCAAGGAGCAAUCAAAGAUCGAUGAACAGAUUACGGCAUACAAGGAGCGUAUGGUGGCAGAGCUGGAACGGUUGAACAAUGAUGUUCUCAAGGAGGAAGGCGCAUACACCGAGGAGGUGGAGCACUAUAAAGCUAGUGUCGAAGUUCUUCAAAAGUUCAAGCAGGCUGACGGUGAAAUUUGA